CUCUUUAUUCUCAUCAAGUCAAAGUAUUUCUUUGCGUGUGACGAGUUGUUGUUGAAUUAUUCGACGACCAGUCACUAGUGAAUUUUCCGGUGGGAUUUCCGGGUGAGCUUCCGGCGAGAUUUCUGGACGAGCUUCCGGUGAGAUUUCUAGACGAGCUUCCGGCGGGUUUUCUAAUAAGUUUGUUGCCUCCUUAUUUCUAGUUAUAAUAAUAUUUUAAGAAAGUUUCUAAUUUAGGAAAUAAGUUAUAUUAGGAAAGUUUCCAUUUUAGGAAACUUAUUUCCAGAGAAGCUGAGCUUAAGUCGUUGAUUCUCGUGUUGCAGUUGACCUCAGCUGACCGCAUCUUUCGUUGUUCAUUUCAGCCUGUGGCUAAGGUGAGACCGACGAGCAGGAGUGAUUACUAUCGGAUUGGUGCUUUGGGAGUUUUAUCUCUUUAAGUUUCAGACUUGCGGUUUUUAUGAUUUUAUCGAUAUUUUCAGGUUUUAUUAUAUUAUCUGGAUUUACGACUUUGGAGUUGACUUUAGAGAAGUAAUAAAUGGAGAUUUCGGACUUUAUAUUUAUUUAUUUUAUUUUGGAAAAUACGGGUGUUACAAUUUGGUAUCAGAGCGGGUUCCGUCCCGGCUCUGACCCGGGAUGGCGAUUUGUUGGGACAUAGUUUCGACUCGGUUUUUAAUCGGUUUUAGACAUUUUUAAAAUAUUUAUGGGAAUAUGGGAAUUUUAAAAAUAAAAGUAAAUAGCACCUUUCUGUUUGGUAUUGUGUCUAGAAUCGUUGGUGUUCGGUUUCGGCAGAAGUUUAUUGAGGUGCUUUUUCCUUUCAGAUGCCGCCGCGUAAGAGAGUUGUUCGCACUCAGUCCGCUAGUGCUUCACGAGAGGGUGGAGAUGAGAAUGUGCCGCCACCGGUUCCACCGAUUGAUCAGGAUGCCCUUAGGCAGAUGGUGCAGGAUGCUGCCAGACAGGCUGCACAUGAGGCAGUUCAGCAAGCUGUCCAGGAGGCUGCUAGAGUAGCUGCACAGGAAGUGGUUAGGCAGAUGGCUGCAGCUCAGCAGGUUCCGCCAGUUCAGGUUCAGGGGCAUCAGCAGCCCCCUAUUCAGCCGGUUCCACCAGUUCAGGUUCAGGGGCAGCAGCAGCCCCCUAUUCAGCAGGUUCCUGAGGUUGAUGAGACGCUUAUGCAGGUGAUGAAACAGAUGAAAACUGUGGAUUUGGAGACUUUUGGGGGAACAGUAGACCCUUUUCAGGCUUAUAAUUGGAAGCAUAGAUUAGCUACGUGUCUGCAGACUAUCAAUUGUCCGUUGCGCCUUUGCCUUAAUAUCGCAGAGUUGUAUCUGCGUGGGGAUGCAUUAGUAUGGUGGGAUGGAGUGCAAUCGAUGCGUGAUGGCGAUAUGACUUAUGAGGAUUUCCUCAUUGCGUUCGACAAGAAGAAUUUUCCUAGAGAAGCAUUGCACCAGAAGAAGAAUGCUUUUGAGCAUCUGAGGCAGGGUACUAGGAGUGUCAGAGAGUAUGAGCGGGAGUUUUGCCAACUCCGCUUGUUUGCUGGUAAUAAUUUUGAUGCGGAGGACUUGAUCAGGAGAUUCUUAGAUGGGAUGCGAGUUGAUCUUCGCGGGAGGUGCAGUAUGGUUACUUACACGAGCUUGGAGGAUCUGGUAGAGAAGGCUGCUGUGCAGGAGGCAUGUAUUGCAGAGGAGCAGAAGUACUCUAAGGCCCAACCUAAGACUGAAAGAACUUCAGAGUCACCGAACAUGGCAUGGGAUCAGUCAGGAACACCCAGUUGUGAGCGCUGCCAUCGCUACCAUUUUGGAGAUUGCGUGAUGUGUUUUGCAUGUGGGCGGUUAGGCCAUGUGGCCAAGUAUUGUCGAUUUACAAAAGUGGAUGGUACUGGUACCGGACAGGUUACAGCACCAACGACACUAGCAGCGGCUUCAAAGAAGUGUUAUGGCUGUGGCCAGCCUGGUCACAUUUUCAGGGAUUGCCCGAGGGGGGGGGGGGGGACGUGUAGAGAAUCCAUCACCAGCUAAGCGCCAGGCUAUCGCACCACGAGUAGCAAGAGGCAACGAGAGAGUUGAGCCGGCUGAUGGUAUGUAUCUUUUCACUUUGGUAGUUUACGUUUGUGCAUGUUGUCUUUUGCGGUUAUCAUUUGUUUAAAAAAAAGAAGUUGUGCUUAAGAUCAGUAGCGGCUGAGUAUGAGAGAUUUCACCUUAUUUGAUAUGGGAGGACCACAUAGUUUGGAGUGUCUACAGCGAACAAACGUCUUUAUAACAAAGUUAACUCAUGCUGAAGACAUCUUAUUCCUUUUCUCGACUCAGGAUUUGAAUUCGGGGACGAAUUCCUUCUUAGUGGGGAAGAAUUGUAACGACCCAGAUUUUUUCUGGUGGGCCAGUUUGGCCUUUAUUAAAAAUUAAAGUCUAAUUCUCUCUUUUUACUUUGUCCCACAUUGGAUGUUUAGAAAACCUACCUCCCUUCCCUUCUUCUAUAUAAGAAACUCCAUCCUUUCUCUUUAUUCUCAUCAAGUCAAAGUAUUUCUUUGCGUGUGACGAGUUGUUGUUGAAUUAUUCGACGACCAGUCACUAGUGAAUUUUCCGGUGGGAUUUCCGGGUGAGCUUCCGGCGAGAUUUCUGGACGAGCUUCCGGUGAGAUUUCUAGACGAGCUUCCGGCGGGUUUUCUAUUGACCUCAGCUGACCGCAUCUUUCGUUGUUCAUUUCAGCCUGUGGCUAAGGUGAGACCGACGAGCAGGAGUGAUUACUAUCGGAUUGGUGCUUUUGGAGUUUUAUCUCUUUAAGUUUCAGACUUGCGGUUUUUAUGAUUUUAUCGAUAUUUUCAGGUUUUAUUAUAUUAUCUGGAUUUACGACUUUGGAGUUGACUUUAGAGAAGUAAUAAAUGGAGAUUUCGGACUUUA